GUUACACUCUGUUUUAGUGCACAUGGUUGCCGCUGACAAAUCGAUAUGUUUUCACUUUGUAAACAUGCACAUGCAACAACAAAAGUAUAGAAAAGAAUAAAAUAUAACUCUUUUAACAUCCGUUAAAAUUUCAAUAACUAAUACAAAUCUGAACCGAUUUAUUGUCUGCAUGUCAAUCAAGUUUUACAACUCAUGAACUUGAAAUACGAUAUCCAGUCAGGUGUCCAAUAUGUUGACACCAGCGUUCAAACUACAUCAAGAUGCAGACUUCAUCACUAUUGUCAUAAAAGCUCCAUUUGCAAAGGUGGCAGAGGCAGAAAUCUUUUUGGAAGAGGAUGAUUUUAAGUUCUACUCAAAACCUUAUUUUCUAAGACUGACCUUGCCCGGUAAGCUUGUUGAAGACGGACGGGAAAAAGCGGAUUACAAUGCAGACACAGGUGAAUUCCACAUCCAGUUUCCUAAGGCGACCCCUGGUGAAGUGUUUGAGGGCCUGGAUAUGAUAACGAGGCUUCUGGCCCCAAAGGGCACCACAUCUGCGGCUCCACCCCUUAUUCAGGUUCUGGAUGAUGGGGCUGCAUCAGACACGGGGGAUGAAGACGAUCAAGAGGAGACAUUUGAUUGGUGCAUUCCACAAGAGCCAUACAUGGAGACGGCAGUACCCAUGUCUGCUCCCAAGUACGGGUUUGCCAAUCAGAAGUCUGGAGUCUUCCUGCGACUUCAGGAGGACCUUGUGGGGAUUGUGGAUUGCCCAAACCCAGACCAGCUUUCUGUUACCGAGAGACGAGAGAAGCGAUUGAAGGCGGAGAGAGAAAAGUUUGAUGUGGAUCACUACAUCGGCGACCUCUAUGAUGACAGUGCCAUAUUCCAGCUAUUGACAUUCAGACCUGCCAUCUACAAAGAACUAGAACAAAUGUGUGCGGGAAUCCCAGUAGAAGUGGCAGUGAAUUUCAGUGAAGAAGAGGAAGAGGUGUUGAGAAAGUUGCCCAGAAAGCAAUAUCUAUUGGACAGUGUUGAAGAGACAUCAGUAUACCUGGGACUUGUGGACAUUCUGUAUGCAUACCUUUACAACCAUCGCACCACGGAAGGGGAAAACCAUUGUGAGUCAGGCUGGACUGUAUGCAAGAUCAGCGCCACGCUGUCAUGGCUUGAGGCAUUCAGUGGCGUGAAGGAUGUGCUGGUCUCCUGCUAUCGGCGCACUCUCUGCUAUCCACUGUAUAGAAACUGGAAACUUUCAGCCCAGAUUCAACAAGACCUGGUCACCACAUUUCGGCUAGGUCGUAGGAGGAUCCUGAAGUGCCUGCUGGAUGUGAGGUCCGUGCUACACGACCAGGACUGUCGCUACGUUCUCAACGACCUAUAUAUCACGGACUACUGCGUGUGGAUUCAGUCGGCCAGUGCCAAGCGUAUCCAUGCCCUCGCUGAAGUGAUUGACAAGAUCAUGAUAACAAAGGCUGAUGUAGAUCUCGGUCUGGAGGAGGCAGAACACCUUGCCAAGGUUGCCUUGGAAGCCAAUGAUGAGGAGGUGUCAGUUGUGUCGGACAAAAUGGCUGCUAGCCAGCUGGAGGAUAGUGAGUCUGACGAGUCUGACACCACAGAAACUAGUGAUGAAUGCACAGAUAGUGAUGAUGUCACUACUGACAAUGAUGAUGUUGCUGGAACCAGUUUGGUGGUAUCCAAAGACUAUGGUGAUUCAUGUACCAAAGACCGUGAAAACAGCAUAUUUACUAAAACUGUUGAGCAGCAGACGGCCAGUGAUUUUGACAAAGCAGUUGGAACCACAAUAAUCAGCACCACAGAAAGUAAAGUUGAUGUUUCCUCAAAUACAACUUUUUCCCAGAACACUGAAACUUUAACAGAAAAGGAACAUUCCAAAACCACAUCUAGUGGUCCCAGUAUCGUUGUGUUGAGUGAAUCCAGUUAUGAGGAGCAAGGCACAGAGGCAGUUGAAGACCAGCUAUGCAGAGACGUUGCAGAAUGUCACCUGAAAUAAAAGCAACCAUGCCGGUACUCAACUGAUAAGGGAAGUGUGUUGUGUUUUAUGUUAUAACCGUUACCAAGUAUAUGCCUUUCUGAAAUGUCAAUUUGCGAUAUUGCUUGUAACACAUACUAGGUUUAUACAUUUCUCUAAUGCCCUGUGUUGAGAUUGCAUUUGACCAUACACAGGAAUAUGUACCUUGUUAACAUGUCCAAUUGGACAUUUCUUUUAGCCAUUACCAGGUUUAUAUAUAUUUAUGCAAUGAUUCCUAUAUGUACUAGAUAUUAAGAUGGUAAUGUCAGGUGCUGAAUUCAUUAUGUAAAAAUUAAUAUUUCCAUUUGAUUUUUUUUCUCAUUUUGGGACCAUUAUUGCACCUUAUAUACUAUCUUAAUAGCCUCCUUUUAAGAUUAACAAUAUUGAUUGCUUUUAUGUUCGCUCCAUGCAUUAACAUUUUUAUAAGUCGUAUUUGUUCUUUUUAUAGUAACUUGUUUUAUUGCUAUGUUUCAUUUUCAGUAUAGAUCUACUUAGUUUUGAUCUGAUUUUUUUUCAAAAUUAAAAUAAAUAGUUUUAUUUG